AGGAUUGCUGUUUCGAAAGAGCUCCACCCUCACCCAAGAGCCACAGUUGCUGUGUUAAAACCAAGGCAAACGUCUUUCCCUCUUCGUGUGUGUGUGUCUCCAACAUGGAUGCUUUUCAGAGCAUUUUAAAAUUCUUUCUUAACCAAAAAACUGCUAUUGGCUACAGCUUCAUGGCUUUGCUCACCGUGGGAAGCGAACGUCUCUUCUCCCUAGUGGCGUUUAAGUGCCCCUGCAGCGUUGAGAACACUGCCUAUGGGCUGGUUUUCCUCUUUGCCCCUGCUUGGGUGUUACUGAUCCUUGGAUUCUUUCUGAAUAACAAGGCGUGGAGACUCUUCACUGGCUGCUGUAUGAACCCCAAAAAAAUCUUUUCCAGGAGACGCUGCUGCCGCUUCUUCUACGUCCUGGGCCACAUCACACUGAGUUCACUGGUGGCUCCGGUGAUGUGGCUCUCUGUAGCUUUGCUUAAUGGGACGUUUUAUGAAUGUGCUAUGAGUGGGACAAGAAGCACAAGGCUCCUGGAGAUGAUUUGCAAGGGCAAGUCCAAAGAGUGCUGGGAAGAACUGCACAAAGUCUCCUGUGGUAAAAGUAGCAUGACAGCCAUGGACAAUGAAGAGGUGAGGCUGUCCCUGCAGGCCCAGUCUCAGAUUCUAGGAUGGUGCCUGAUUUGUUCAGCAUCCUUCUUCUCCCUUCUCACCACUUGUUACGCACGCUGCAGAUCUAAAGUCAGCUAUCUGCAGCUGAGUUUUUGGAAGACAUAUGCACAAAGGGAGAAGGAGCAAUUGGAAAACAAACUCCUGGAAUGUGCCAACAAGCUGAGCGAGAGGAACCUCAAAUGCUUUUUUGAAAACAAGAAGCCAGAUCCCUUUCCCAUGCCUUCAUUUAGUGCCUGGGAGGCUGCAUCUGAACUACAUUCCUUCCACCAAGACCGCGAGCACUAUAGUACCCUCCACAAGGUGGUGGAUGAUGGUCUGGAACAAACCCCGGAAGAGGAAGAGACAACAAUGAUCCUUGUGGGCACCGCCCAGAGUUUGUGAAUCAUCCACUAUCCCGGGCUGAGAUAGCCAGUGGUACAUUCAUUCUGAGUUGAGUCUUCUGCUGUUUCCACGACAACCUGAGCCUCUGCAUUUUCUCACCACCAGAGCUUCUUUAGAAGAUAACAACGCAGUGAGGAACUGUUCUGAAGCCUCCAAGGGCAAUGUCUGGAUGUGCUCAGACUGAUGCUGAGCGAUGACAGACACUUUGAGCUGGUGCAGGGUUGUGCCCAGGAGGUCCAACAGUCGGUCCAAGCUCUAAGAUUUUAUAACCCAGCCCUCAGAGUCUGGCAAGAUGGUCUGCCACUGUUUGCGAGCAUAUGCCAGGGUAUUUGGGGAGAGGUCUAUGCACAGUGGUAUCCACACAGUGGCCAUCAGAAACCCUUUCAGAAAUAAAUCCAACACCUUUUAAGUUGGAAGAAACUGCCAUUUAAUUAACAUUCCUUUCAACUGAAACCUCCAUUCCCAAGACUCACUAAACUGAAAGAAUAUAAUGUCUGAAAGUCAGAGGUUCCUCAAUUUUCCCCAAUUUCUGAAAGUCUGCCUGGAGACAGGGCUGCCUCAUGACUGCCGUGGGUGGUAGGCACUUAUACCUUCACAGGACAAUUUCUACACUCAAAAGACAAUCACAUAAGGCACAUGUACAAGACUGUAUUGAUAUAAAGACAAGUACAUUAAUAUUGUAUACUAAAGUAGUUUUUUCAACAAAAAUCCAUUUUUUAUGGUUUUAAAAUUGAAAAUCACUUUCAUGAAUCCCCACUAAAGUUUUUGGUCCAUA